CUUUUUUAUUUUUUGAAAAACUCAUGUAUAGAGAUGUUAAUAAAACCUUGUAUUUUCCUUAAAAAAUGGUUAUACUAAUUAAACGCAAAGAUAUCAAACAAAAUGUUGGACUAACUUGGGAGAAGUUGAAUGCAGGAAUGUCACUUCCUCGACGGUUUCAGGAAGUCAAACAGCAGAGAUGUCAUUUAAGGCGAAAAGAAAACAUGGAGAGCAUGAAGUCCGAUGUGUGAAGAGGAAGUUGUUAUUAGAGGCCCUUUCAAAGGAACUCCCAUGUGGCACCAUAAGGUACUCUUCCAAGGUGGUUGCUAUUGAGGAAUCAGGCUUCUACAAGCUUGUACAUCUUGCUGAUGGCACGGUCAUUAAGACCAAGGUGUUGGUUGGUUGUGAUGGAGUAAACUCAGUGGUGGCAAAAUGGCUGGGGUUCAAGAAGGCUUCAUAUACAGGGAGAUCAGCUAUUAGGGGGUGUGUGAGUUUUAAUACUAGUCAUGGUUUUGAGCCAUUUUUCAUGCAGUUCUCAGGACAUGGUUUUAGAUCUGGUGCUAUGCCUUGUGAUGACAGAUCCGUUUAUUGGUUUUUGACUUUUCAUCUCUCCCCUGCCCAAGAGAAAGAGCUAGAAGGGAAUCCUGCUAAAAUGAGGGAGUAUGUGAUGAGCAAGGUCGGAAUCAUACCUGAUAAAGUAAGACAUAUCAUUGAAAGCACAGAAACGGAUGCCAUUCUAUCAUCUCCAUUAAGAUAUAGGCGUCCUUGGGAGCUUCUAUGGGGCAACAUUAGCAAAGGCAAUGUUUGUGUGGCCGGUGACGCCCUCCAUCCCACGACGCCAGACCUUGGCCAAGGCGGCUGUGCUGCGCUAGAAGACGGUGUCGUCUUAGCCAGGUGUCUCGGCGAGGCCUUGUUGAAAAGCAAAGGCCAGAAAGGGAAAGCUAAAGGUGAAGAAGGAGAAGAGGAAUACAAGAACGUCGAAAAGGGGUUGAAGAAGUAUGCAAGUGAGAGGAGAUGGAGGAGCUUUGACCUCAUUGCUACCGCCUAUGUUGUUGGUUUUAUACAAGAGAGUAAUGGGAAAGUUAUAAGCUUUUUGAGGGACAAAUUUUUGGCUCCCAUAAUGGCUGGUUUGCUGCUGAAGAAGGCUGAUUUUGAUUGUGGGAAGCUCAACAUUCCUUAGAUUCAACUUCAUGUAUCAAAACGUGCUCUCUAGAGAUGUACGGUAGGAAAUCAAUUCCCAUUUCCAAGUUAAAUCUUCUUUUUUUCCGUACUCAUUGAUAAAGAGACAGGUUUUACAUAGGUGUUUGUCAAUUUAUAACCACACGUUGAUAAAAGAGCACGUUUUCAAGUGCUAAGUUUAAGAGGACGUUUGGUUUAUGUAUUCAGAAUCAUGAUUCAUAACCAUUCUCGUUUUACGUAUAUUU